AUGAUCUCUGCCGUCGUCACGGCCAUGUCAUGCACCGAGAGCUAUGCAAGGCAUGUCAAACCUGGCGUCAUCACCCACUACAAGUGUCAUGGGCCUGACAGGCGGCUGAAUCCGUCCAAUUUGCCAUCAGUGGUAAUAUCGACAUACGGAACAGUGAGCACAGAGACCACACGCGCCAAGAGUAUUUUGAGACAGAUACACUGGUAUCGGAUAGUUCUGGACGAAGCACACAUCAUACGUAACUGGUCCACCAAGCAGUUCCGGGCCAUGAACAGCCUAUCAUUCCAUAUUCGAUGGUGCAUGACCCGCACCCCGGUGCAGAAUGGCGUUGGCGAUAUCGGGUCACUAGUUCGGUUUCUUCGUGUCCCAGUAAUGGGAGACGUCACCAACUUCCGGAAGCACAUCCUAGACAAGACCAAACUCACCUCUCUCGAGUCAUCAAGCCAUGACUUUGACAACCUGCGCCUUCUCCUAUCUUCUAUCUGCCUGAGACGAAACACCUCUGUCCUACAACUGCCAGGGGUCAAAUACGAAUGCCGAGGGCCGCACUUCAGUGCGGUGGAAAAGGAGGCACAUACCAAGCUCAUUCUCGCUUGCCAGAAAGCCAUUGAUUAG